AAUUAAGGGUUUUGGUUAUUUUAUAUUAUAAACUCUCUUCGUUUUAUUUUAAGUGUUGUUUUGGGUUUGUGCACACAGAUUAAGGAAACAAUUAAUUUUGUAUAUUUUCUAUAUAAAAAUACAAUUACUUAUACACUUAACCAUAUUUCAACCAAUAGAAAAAUAAAUUGAUGAAUAAAAUUAAUGAAUUUUGCAUUGAAAGUCAAAAACGACACUAAUUUUGUAACAAAAAUAUUUUUCUACAACGACACUUAAUAUGAAACAGAGGAAGUACUAUAUAUUAUGAUAAUUAAUAUUUUAUUAUAUUUUUAAUAUUUGGAUACCCUUUCGGUUCUGGUUUUAUUUUCAGGUUUUGGGUUAUAGAAAUAGUAAUCGUUCAGGUUUUUGAAAAUUUUGGUAUGGUUUUGGUUUCAGUUUUUUUUAUUCAUUUUGGUUCCAGUUUGAUUUUCGGGUCUUGGAUAAUAUGAUCAAGACUAACGUCUAAUCAGUUUUCUUGUUUUAAUAUCUAUCUUACUAAAUUAUAAUUAUUCUUAUUUUUAGCCUUAAAAUACUUUAUAAUAUUACUAUUAUAUUAUUAAGUUUUAAAGGAUUUUUUUUUCAUUAAAUAUAUUUAUAUCGUCUGUAAAGUGUUUUUUUUUUUGCUAAAAGAAAAAAUGAAAUAAAGGAUUAACUUUAUUUUUUUUAUUCAACAAAAUCAUUUGUCCCAAAUAUCAGACCUCACUUGCCUAUAUUCAAGGGCUGUAUGUGACUAUUACUAAUGAUUCUCAUAUUCAAAAUAGUUAUAUAUAGUUCCAUAAAAUUAUAUAGUAAUGGCAUCGUUGUAAAUGCUUAGCAAAUCAAGAGGAUCUCAAAAUAAAUCUCAUGUUUUAAUAGUAUAAACUAGAUUUUGAUCAUUGUUUUAAAAGUUAAAUAUUUAAUAGACAUCAUAAAUUUUUAAAUAAGUAACGUAUUUAAUUUUUACAUACUUAAUAGACAUCAGCCGGGAUAAAUUUUCAUGUUUGUUAAGUGAGAUAAUAAUUCUUAGGUUUUGAAUAGAACUCAAACCCGUACUAUAUAAAGAUAUAUUUGUCACUGGUUAGUAUGUAUUUAAAUAUUUUAUAGCAAAAAUGAUCUAAUAUUUUUUAUUUUGUCUGUUUUGUAUUUGCUAAAUAUAUCUAUAAAAUAAUAAUAUGCAAUUAAUUUGAUCAUUAUAUAAUCAAAUAUUAUAUUUAUACUCAAAUUUAAUAUUUUAUAUUUAUUAAUAUUAUAUAUAGUCAAUUUUAAUAUUUUAUUUAUAAGCUUUUAUGACAUAAAUAUAAGUAUUGACUGAUAAAAAUGGAAACAUAUUAUUUUAUAAAUGAUAUUUGUCAAAAUAAUAGUAACUUGAUUUUUUUAGCAAUCUUAAUAUACUCCCAAAAAUAUAUUGCGUAGAUCUUUGUUAGCCCAUUUUGUUAAAUGCUUAAAAUUUAGGAGAAUUUUCAUGUUUACCACAUUGUUGAUAUCAUUAUCUAUGUUUACCUUCAUUAAAGAGACAUUUUCACAAAUACCUUCUUUAUUAACAGGCAAAAAACUCUUAUACCCUUACUAUAUGUAUAUAAAAUAAAUAAUUAUUUAAAUAAAUAAAAAAUAAAAAUUAAUUCGAAUUAUACUUUUUCAAAUUUGGAAUUUUUUAUCGUUUUUGUUUUAAUUUGUUUUUUCAAAUUUUCUUUGUGAAACUAUUUUAUUUUAAUUUUUUAAUGGGGAAAUUAUACAUUUACACUUUGUUGAGUACCCCUUUUCAAAUUUACACUCAGGAGGAGGACAUUUUCACAAAUACCUAAUUGUUUAGUAGCCGAAAGACAAUAAUAACCCUCGCAAUUUUAACCUUUUCUCUCGAAUCUCUCUAGCUCGCCAUCGAAGGCGACGAGAUUACAGAGCUACGACGGCGAUUCUAGCAACGGCGACGACAAAAGGUCUUCUCUCUCACUAGUCACGCCGUCUCUCUGGAAAGAGCAUCCGGUGACGACGAAUAACAAUCAGACUAUACGAUUCAAAAUUUCAUCUCAAAAAAUGUCGUCUACUCCUCACGAUUCUCCUCUACACGAUUCUCCUAUACACGAUUCUCCUCUUCACGAUUCUCCUAUUCAUGAUUCUUAUCUUCACGAUUCUCUACAAUUGGAUAGCAACGAGUUUUGCACAACCUUGAAAUUGCCUGGGAGGGUUUAUGAAGCUGUAGAAACACCAGAUAAUCCCAAAGCGAUAAUCCAUCACUCAAAGAUUGAUUAUAUCGAGAAGGUGGAAGAUAUAUUAGGAAAAGAAGAGUUUUCUUUCAUAGAGAACUCUCACAUUGGGAGCAUUUUGAAGUUGGUUAAAAGGAAUAGGGUUCAAUUUUCAGAAGAGUUGUUCCAUUUUCUAAUGCAGCGAAGAGUAUUGACGCAAGGAGAGGAUCUCUGGUUUACUUUCUCGGACCAGCCUAUGAGGUUUUCACUAAGGGAAUUUCAUCUGACAACAGGCUUACGUUGUGAGGAAGAUCAGACAAUAACAGAGCCGCUGUUCAAAAUAAUGAAGAAGCCAUACAUUUGGAUGCUGGGCAAGAUUGAUAAGUUUACGGUGAGAACGUUAUAUGAAAUGUUUAAAAAGAAAGCACGAAGCAUGCCAACACUAGAAAGAUUAUCCCUUGGAACAGCAAUACUCACAGAAGCGGUAAUUAUGGCAGAAAAUCCGAGUUCUAAAAUCCCGAGAGACAGGUUGCAGCGUUAUAUGAACUAUCGCUCACACAAGAUUGCUUGGGGUAAAACUGCUUAUAGAAUCUUGAUGAGAAGUGUAAAAAGUUUGAGUGCAAGUUCCUGGACAGGAGAUAGUUAUGAAGUGAGUGGUUUUGCGCUAGCCAUAAAUCUGUGGGCAAUGUCAUCAGUGAAUGUGCUUGGUAAAUCUUUGGGAAAGCCAUGCGAGACAUCCUCUUCUUCUGAUCCGUUGUGUCUACAUUGGGACUCAACAAGAACUCCGACAAUAGCUGAAGUGUUAGAGCUGGAGAAGAUAAACAAUGUUGAGGUUAGCACAGUGAUUGGAUUGGCUGAGGAAUACAAACAUUUGGUGGGGGCAACACAUAGUGACGAUGCUGACUUUCACAGUGUUGUGAAACUAGUUCAACAAGGAUACAAAAUGAGGAGAAGCGAUUGGGAGAAAGGUUUUGUGGAUAUGUUUGUUGCAACAGAAGAUAUAGGUCAACAACGCAAGACAAAAGACGAAGAUGCAGAGCAUGGUGAAGAUCUGAACCAUAAUGAAGAUGAAGAGGAAAAGAAAGAUGAAGAGGAAAAGACAGAUGAAGAGGAAAAUAAAGAUGAAGAGUAUCAAAAGGAUAAGGAGCAAAGAAAAGAUAAAAAUCAUUCCAUGUCUAACAGCGAGAAACUUGAUAAGCUAAUCCAAAUGGUUCGUGAUUUGGAUAAGCGAGUAGUAAUGAUCCAGAAUGUUUUAGGAGUUAAGUUUAACGACAGUUCACCAAACAAAGAAGAUUGUGAAAAUGGAGCUAGUUCUGGUGAUAGAAGAAGUGCACAAGAUUAUGAAAAUGAAGAAGAUACAAUUAAUGAAGAAGCAAACUCUGAUGAUAAAAAAAAUGCACCAGAUGAUGAAAAUGAAGAAGAUACAAUUGCUGAAGCAGCAAACUCUGAAGAUACAAUUGCUGAAGAAGCAAACUCUGGCGAUGGAAGAAGUGCACUGGAUGAUGAAAAUGAAAAAGAGAUAUGUGAUGAAGAAGCAAAAUCUGGUACAGAGCAUCAAAGGGAAGAAGAGAAUAUUCUUGGGGAAAUUGAGACUACACAAAAAAUCACUCAAGACGAAGACACAGAAAAACUUGAAUCAGAAAGUUGCUUGAAACAAACGUCGCAGGUUACGUCGCCUACUCCAACAUUCAAUACUCCAAACUUUGAUACAAGGGUUUCAUCGCCUAAUCCAACAUUUACGUCUCCUAAGUUUGAUCUCCUUUCCCAAGAAAGUCAUAGUGGAAAGGGUACAAAUGAGGUAUUUUAUAAAGCUUUAUAAACUAUUUCAUGAUCGUUAAGGUCUCUUAAACAAUGAGGCAUAGCUAAGAUUUACACUGUUUCUGUUGCCAUCAAUUCCAAAAUCUUCUAAAACAGCCACAAUCAAAUCAUUGUAGCUGAUAUCUUCAUGAAUCAUACUAAGAGAGGAUCCUCGUUGAUCAUCCACUAUGAAAUCCCAGUGAAUUCCAUUUAUUAGUUUCCAUUCUCCACAUAUAGAACAAAUUUCGAACACCAUAACCUGAUUAUAAAGAACAUGGGUAUUAGAGAAGGAAUGAUCAACAAGAUAUAUCAAUAAGAAAAAUACAUAAAACUAUAUUCCUCAUAGCUAAAAAUUUAUAAGGUUUUAUAAAUCUGAGAUUCGAAAACUUCAUGAGAAAAAUUCGUCUCCUUCCCAGAAACCGAUCGAUUUUGAGAAACCAAGCAAAAAUUACAGAAAAGAGACGAAAAUCACUUUGUUACGUUCGUGAAGAGAGAUUGAUUCGAUUGAGCUUGUAGUCUACGCCAAAUCUCGUCGGACGUCAAUGUCGCCUGAAUAAUCAAAUCUCGCCGGUGAAAAUGGCUGAAGUCGUCGAAACUCUCUCGACGGAUCGAAUCUCUCUCGCCGGAAUCGAUCUCUCUCGCCGGAAUCGAUCUCUCUCGAAGGAAUCGAUCUCUCUCGCCGGAAUCGAUCUCUCGUUGGAAUCUCUCGAUCGCCGGAAUCAAUCUCUCGAUUAGGGGUUUUUGAAUUUUCAAUUUCUUGUGGGAGAAGACUUAUGUUUAUGUUUGAUUAAAUAAGGGUAUAAUGGUACUUUACCUACUAAAAUUUUAAAGGUAAAUUUGAAAAGUGUAAAGUUGAAAAGUGGUAUUAGGAAAGUGGUAUUAGUGGCAAUUCCCCUUUUUUAAUUUUUGUAAGUAUUUGUUUAUUAGAAUCAUAAACUCCAUAUUCCAAAACUCUAUCAUACACCUCAACUUUAAACCCUAAGGACAUUUCCAUCUACACUCUAUAUUGGUUUUUUUCAAAUAUGACCUAAAAUUUCAAGUCAACACACAAAAAUAACCCAUGUUAUUUUUUUGAAACUUUACUUUUUCUUAUUCACCCUAUAAGUUUGAGUUAUUCACGAAAAUGUCAUUAUAUUUUUUUCUUUCUUUUUUGAAAAUAAUUCUUUUACCUAUCAUCCUCAUCUUCACUAGGUAUUUACAACUUUUUCAUUGCCAUCAAUAUACUAACCACCAUGAACAACCAAUUUGAAUCUCUUAAUGCACUAAAGUUUCGAUUUUUACUCUUCGUAUCUCAUUACUUAUGCACACAAAUCACAUUUCUUUCACUCUCUCUUCAAAUUCAUCCAAAAAACCAAGAUUUUGAUUCCAAGCUUUGUAAGUUUCAUAGAGAUAUUGAAGCUCAUGAUUCGUAGUCAUUAAUGACUUGGUAACUUUUGUAGUGAAGUUUUGGGUGUUUGGAGAAGCUAAGCAAGUAAUCUCACAGGCUCAAGGUAUGAAAUCAUUGUUUUCUCAAAUCUGUUCGCGAAGACUUUCAAAAGACUCUUAGAAGACUUCGCUAGGUGUGUUUUCCAUCAAUAAUACUUUCUUAGAAGUCUUCUAACUUUCCUUUAUAAAGAAAAAAAAACAAAAAUCCCAGCUCGAAUAAAUAUGUUAGUUUUGCAAUUGAUCGAAGUUUGUCAGAAAUUUGACUUUUUAUAGAAGACUUCUCGAGAAAAAAUUCUAUAGAAGUCUUCUGAAUUUUUUUUCGAAGUAGACUUCUCGGGAAAAACUUCUAUAGAAGUCUUCUGAAAGUUUUUUUGAAAUCUUCUCACUGUCGCAAGAAGUCUGCGUGGAUUACUUUUGAAAUUGAAAAAUAGUAGUGAAAUAUUUAAUAUUAAUGAGAAGACUUAUUGAGAAGUCUUCUCAAAUUUGAUUUCGGGUUUUGGUCAAACCUUUGGUUACGAGAGAAGACUUCUAUAGAAGUCUUCCGACGGAAGAUUUCUAGAAAAGUCUUCUCUUGAAAAGUCAAAUAUAGUCAAUUGCAAUAGUAUACCAAGUAGACUUCUUGUGACAUUGAGAAGAUUUCUAUAGAAGUAUUCUCCGAGAAGUCUUCUAUAAAAAGUCAAGUUUCUGACAAAUUUUGGUCAAUUGCAAAACUAACAUGUUUAUCCGAAAAGACUUCUCGAGACGUCUUCUCUUGCAUUUUCAAGAACUUUUCAAAUUCAAAAUUAAGCCAAUAUUUACAUAGGAAGAUUUCUCAAGAUGUCUUUUGUAGAGUAGACUUCUUAUAAAGUCUUCCUUUGUAAAUUUUCAAUUGCAAAAAUGACCUAAAUAGAAGAAGUCUUCUCGGAGAAGACUUGCGUAGAAAUCUUUCUCUGAGAAGACUUCUUAGGAAGUCUUCUACAUCAAUGUUUAAUAAAUUUUCAUUUUCUCUGCAAUUAAAAUGAAUUUUUAAUAUUUUUUUAUUAAUUCAUGUGUAUUAGUCAAUAUGGAGCUCCUGGAUGAAAUUCAUAAUUUAUUUGGUGAUAAUUAUGAGAUUUUAAAUAUUUAUGUUUACUAAUGUUUUUAGCUAAUCCAAAAGCUUCUGGAGAAGUCUUUUACGUUUUAUUUUCAAGAGUGUUAAGUAACUUUAAGGUAUGUUUUUAACUUUCAAAAGUAUAAAGUAACUUCAAGAAUAUCAAGUCAUGUGGUUUAUUGUGUCUUUUUAUAUCAUAAGGUAUAAUUUUUAACUUACAUGAGAUUUAAAAUUUCAACUUUCACUUAAAAUUCAAGUUUGAUCUUUUGUGAAUUUGACUAAGUUUUCUUGUGAAAUCUUCUCUCUUAGUUUUUAGUAAAUUCGACUAAGUUUUUGUAUUGUUGUGUUUGUUUAUGAGUGAGUAGAAUGGUUAAAAAACUUUCUUGGUAUGUUGUAUCAAUAACUUCAAUAACGUCAAAUACUUUUGGAAAAAAUUGAACAUAUAUACCAAAUUCUUUUGAUUAACAUCUUUUCAAGUUUACAAAAAAAAUCACAACUAAAAUCGUACACAUAAAAAUAAAAAAACAGACAAUAAACAAAACUAUUACACAUGGAGCCAGAUAUCAUUCCUCAACAUAAAUAAGUUUGGAUUCCACUUGACAUCAUUUCUUUGUAGCACUUUGGGCAGAAGACUUCCCAAAGACUUCGUGGAAAGUCUUCUAACAUAAAAUACAUUAGAAGCAGUGUUUUUAAAACAGGACCGGCUAGCAAACCAGAAUUUUUUUGGGUCAUGGGUCAUUGUGGUUCGACCGGGUCUGACCGGGUUUGAUCGAGUUUACUAAGAUUAAACUAAAUUUAUUAAUUUAAUGAUAUUUUAAUAAAUAAUAUGCAUAUUCUUAAAAAAUAUAUAUAUCAUGUCAAUAAAAUGUUUAAAUAACCUUAAUGUGUAGAAAAACUUAAAAAUAACAAUUAAAAUCUAAAAUCAAUAUGAAGAUCACAUUUAAACUUUAUUCGCAGAUCUUAUCACUUUAAAUCUUCAUCACCUUUUUUAAAAAAAAAGUUAUAUACACAUUAGGUAAAAGUUAUAUUUUGAAAUACAAAUUUCACAAACGUAAAUGUUUCAAUUAUUUAAAGUCUUCAAAACAAAUGAUCAUGAAAUAAAAUUUAAACAAA